UCUUUUACAGCUCGUUCUAACAUUUGCGACGAACCUCCCAUGCUUGGUUGAGGAACCUUCAACAAACAAGCAUACAAACAAAUAGACGGACAAGAAAUAAUCGGACGGGCUUGACGACGCAAACAGUGACAGUUCCCGCGCAACUACGACGACGAGCCGUCGUCGUCGGUGUGCAGACGCCGGAGCUAUCAUGGACCACGCAGCGCAAGUCCUGGGGGUAGCCCACGAAAUAUACUCCCGGGCCGACGAGGAAAAGCAGUCAACAGACGAGCGACCCCCGAUUUUCAAGGCGAUUGGUAUAUCAUUGGCGAUAGGCUCUGGCGCAUUCAUCGGUACCUCUUUCGUCCUGAAAAAGCUGGGCCUGUUGAAGGCGAACGACAAGUACAAGGAGGUCGCCGGCGAAGGUUACGGAUAUCUGAAGAAUGGCUUCUGGUGGGGGGGCAUGCUGCUCAUGAUCUUUGGCGAGAUUCUCAACUUCGUUGCCUAUGCCUUCACCGAUGCCAUCCUGGUCACCCCCUUGGGAGCGCUCUCGGUCGUCAUCACGACCGUCCUGUCUGCCAUAUUCCUGAAGGAGAGGCUGAGCAUGGUUGGGAAAGUCGCCUGCUUCCUCUGCAUCGUAGGAUCGGUCGUCAUUGUCAUGAACGCUCCGCAGGAGUCCUCGGUCGCCAACAUCCAGCAGAUGCAGGCCUUUGUCAUCACACCAGGCUUCCUCUCCUAUACCGGAGUCAUUAUUAUUGGCUCCGCAAUCACGGCCUUCUACGCAGGACCGAGAUGGGGCAAGAAGAAUAUGCUCGUCUACAUUUCCAUAUGCAGCUGGGUUGGAGGGCUGAGUGUGGUCGCCACCCAGGGCCUCGGAGCCGCCAUUGUCGCCCAGAUUGGGGGCAAACCGCAGUUCAACCAGUGGUUCAUAUAUGUCUUGUUGGUCUUUAUCAUUGGAACUUUGUUGACGGAAAUCAUCUACCUGAAUAAAGCGCUUAAUCUAUUUAAUGCAGCUAUGGUCACACCCACGUAUUAUGUUUAUUUCACCAGCACUACUAUCAUCACCUCGGCGGUGUUGUUCCAGGGUUUCAAGGGCACGGCGACGUCGAUCGUGACGGUUGUCAUGGGAUUCUUGACCAUUUGCUCGGGAGUUGUGCUUCUUCAACUAUCAAAAUCCGCCAAGGACGUUCCCGAUGCGGCGUUGUUUGCCGGAAAUCUGGAUCAGAUUCAGACCAUUGCUGAACAGGAGCAGCCUGAGACGGAGCCGAAGGCGGACGCCAUUAGGGGCGCAGCCGCCAUUGUGCGGAGGUUCUCGACCGCGAGACAGAAAAUGGAAUACGAAGAGAUGAGGCGCCUGCGCGAGGAGAAGAUGAGGGAAGAACUGGACCCGGUGAGCGAGGAUGGUCAGAUGUAUGAGUGGGAUGGGCUAAGGAGGAGGAGGACCACCAUCAGCAGCGUCCACAGGUCAAGGCCCAUGACAUCUCCGGCCCCCUUCACUCCGCUUCCAGGAACACCACACCCACCCUUGGGAAUGUCAUACUUCCCCACCGAGGAGGAGAUGGCCGCGAAUGGCCGGCCCACCUCCCCAGGAGCCCUGUCUAGUAUCGUUGGCACGAUCCGGUCCCGGGCACGCAGUGUGCUUGCGCCGAAUUACCCGGAGAUGCCGAUCAAUCGCCAGGAUUUCGGCAAAAUCCAGAGCCCCCUGCAUCCCGUCCAGCUGACCGAGAUUUCGGUUCCUGGUGGCCAGAAAGGGGACGAGCAUCCGAACAUGUACGGAGGAGGGUACGGACUCCCGUCCGGAAAGACUGCAUACGACGGUAGUGGGGCCAGCAUGAGCAGCAGCCAGAGGAGGGUUCAGUUUGGCGGUGACAAUCGACAAGCAUCCCAGGGCAGCGAUUCCAGCAGCAAUCUUCCGCCGCCGACUCCACCACCACAUGGCGCCCGGCGCCAGUUCUCUUUCCAGAAUGUCUUCAGACGCCACCAGCAACACGCCCAUGGUGUCGACCCUCUCAACGAGGGAGACGCUCCGCACCAUCAUCGCCCGGGCAUCACGCCACGCGGCUACUCGAGCCCUCAAGUGAAGGGGUCGACUGAAGAGGAGAGGUUGGGGUUAGUUACGGGCGACUCGGAAUCGCACUCGAUGCCCGUGCUGCAGCACUUUGACGACGACGAGGAUAAUGUCGAGCCGUACGUGGACGACAAGGGGCUUCGAUACGGCCGAGGCAUCACCAACAGCCCGCCCAGGGGUAUUGGGGAGAAGGCCGCCGCGGCCUCGGACCGAGAAGUCGUCGACUACGAGCGGCAACGGGGCCGGUCGAACGAGAGCCGCGGAGGAAGCAGAGACGGUCCCGCGCCGCCGCCGCCGCCGGGGUAUAGGAGGCAUAGUCCGCCCGAAGGUGGCAACGGCGGGGCGUUCAUUUGAUUACAU